GUUACUUUAUAAACUUAUAACUUUCAAUUGGUUUUUAAAAUGCCUAAAGCAACUUCAAAGUCAAUGCUGAAGAAAUCUAUUGAAAAAAAUGAACAGAAUGAAACUUGCUGCAAAUAUUGUGAUAAACAGUUUCGUUUUCAUUACCAGCUUGUACCCCAUUUGAGAACACAUACUGGAGAAAAACCUUUUAAAUGCGAUAUUUGUGAAAAAGGUUUUCACACUCGUGGACUAAUGAAAUCGCAUAGGAGCCUUCAUACAGAAGAAAAAUCAUACAAGUGCUCAAUCUGUGAAAAAACAUUUUUUACUGUUUCUCAAAUAAAGUCUCAUGGAAAAGUACAUACUGAAGACAAACAAUACAAAUGUGAUGAGUGUGGCAAAUGUUUUAAGCACAAAUCUAACCUUUCUAGACAUGUGUUAAUCCACUAUAGGGAUAAACCACAUGAGUGUAAACUCUGUGGAAAGGGUUUCAAACAUCAUAGAGAUUUUAUAAAACAUUAUUCUGAACAUAACAAUAUAAAACCAUUCAAGUGUGAUAAAUGUGACAAAGCGUAUUUCCAACACGCUGCUCUGAAAGUUCACCAACGUACUCACACUGGAGAUAAGCCGUACAAAUGUAACGUUUGUGAUAAAUCUUUUAUUUCAAAUACUGUUUUAAAAAAUCACGAGUUAAUCCACACUGGGGAAAAGCCUUAUCAAUGUAACAUUUGUGGAAAAUCAUUCGCGAAAAAUAGUUUCCUAAAAGGUCACCAAAAAGUCCACACUGGUGAGAAGCCCCACCAAUGCAAUAUUUGUGAUAGAUCAUUUUCUACAAAUGGUAUCCUAACAAGACACCAUAAGGUUCACACUGGUGAAAAGCCAUAUCAAUGCGAAAUAUGUCAAAAAUCGUUUAGUACAACUACUAAAUUAAAAUAUCACCAACGAGUUCACACUGGAGAGAAGCCAUAUCAAUGCAAAACUUGUAUGAAACGUUUCUCAGAUAAAGGAAAUAUGAAACAGCAUGAACAGAGACGACAUUUACCCAAAACUAGCAGCUAGAAUAUACCUUCAAACAAUAAUGCAAAUAUAAAGUUAAAAAAGAAUGAGGUACAUAGAUACACCAUGUAUGAUAUAUCUGAAUGGAAAAGUGUUUCCAAAUAAGUUUUAGUAUGUUUUAACAGUGUUUUUUGUUUCUUUCUGUGUUUUUAAUUUGUUUACCACUGUUAUAAUUGUAAAUAGAUAGACAGAAUAAAGUAAUUAUAUUUUUCUAGUGAGCACUAGCUGUAUAAAUGGACCAAAUGUGUAUUGUGCUCAUAAAAACACACAUGGUAUAACUAUACCUUUUCAAUUAUCCAGAGGUGCCUGAAUUUACUGUAUGUUUGUGUUGUUAGACGUUUUUGUAACUUGUUACUUUAUCCUUGCUUGGCCAUAAAAUGGAGUUGUUGAACACAGGUGAUCUGUUUCAAACACUUCGUGUCAGCUUACAAGUUUGUUACUGUUAUAAUAUUUCUUUAGGGGAAUUUUUUUAUAUGUGGCUGAUAAUUUGCAUAACUCAUUGGUGAUCAUUUGGUUGAAGCUAUUGUCACAGGGUGUCUUGCCCAAG